AAAAAUAUUUGCCUGGAGCUACUUUGGCUUCAAACAUACUUAUUCCUCAACAAUAAUUAUUCAUCAGUUUAAUUUGAUUGUUAACAACACACCAAAUAAAGCAAAAAUCUAGCUCUUUAGAUCCACCUUCAAGAUCUCUCACUGAACCAAAGUACCAGCAAACCACUCCAAAAAGGAAGAAAGUGGCAACUUCUGCGUCCAAUUAACGAUGAUUGAGAGGCCUCCACUAGGGCGGUUCCAAUACCACAGACUGGAAUUCAAGCGGAGGGUACCAGCGUUUUUGUCUUCGCACAAAACCCUUUUCACAGUCUUAUGGAUCACUGCAUUUGCCUCGGUGUUCGUGUGGCAGCGGAACAUCGUCGGUAGUGGGUUCACAGUGUUCUGGCGGGUGCCUAUGAGGCCGAUUCCCAGGCUGAGACCUGUGGUUUUUAAUUUGACGGAUUUUGGCGGAGUGGGCGAUGGGAUCACUUUGAAUACUGAGGCUUUUGAGAGGGCUGUUUUGGCGAUUUCCAAGCUGGGGAAGAAAGGGGGAGGGCAGCUGAACGUUCCUCCAGGGAGGUGGCUCACGGCCCCCUUUAAUCUCACUAGUCAUAUGACUUUGUUUCUUGCUGAGGAUGGUGUUGUACUUGGAAUUGAGGAUGAGAAGUAUUGGCCGCUAAUGCCUCCAUUGCCUUCAUAUGGAUAUGGGAGAGAGCAUCCAGGACCUCGGUAUGGGAGUUUAAUCCAUGGUCAAAAUCUCAAAGAUGUUGUAAUAACAGGACAUAAUGGUACCAUUAAUGGACAGGGUCAAACAUGGUGGAAAAAGUAUCGUCAAAAGCUUCUCAACCACACAAGAGGGCCUCUUGUGCAGAUUAUGUGGUCAAGUGACAUUCUGAUCACUAAUAUAACAUUGAGGGAUUCCCCAUUUUGGACACUCCAUCCAUAUGACUGCAAGAAUGUAACUGUAAGAGAUGUUACAAUUUUGGCACCCAUAUAUGAAGCCCCAAAUACUGAUGGAAUUGAUCCUGAUUCAUGUGAGGAUAUGGUAAUUGAAAACUGUUACAUAAGUGUGGGGGAUGAUGGAAUUGCAAUAAAGAGUGGCUGGGAUCAGUAUGGAAUUGCAUAUGGUCGACCUUCAAUGAAUAUCCUCAUCCGUAACCUUGUGGUUCGCUCUAUGGUCAGUGCUGGAGUAUCCAUUGGCAGUGAGAUGUCAGGCGGUGUAUCAAAUGUCACUGUGGAAAACCUCCAUGUGUGGAGCUCAAGGCGUGCAGUUAGGAUUAAGACAGCCCCUGGAAGAGGUGGAUACGUUCGACGUAUAACCUACCGAAAUCUAACAUUUGACAAUGUCCGAGUUGGAAUUAUUAUCAAGACAGAUUACAAUGAACACCCUGAUCAAGGUUAUGAUCCUAAGGCAGUUCCAAAACUUGAGGACAUAAGCUUCACUGGGGUCCAUGGUCAAGGAGUCCGUGUCCCUGUACGGAUACAUGGGAGUGAAGAAAUUCCGGUUAGGAAUGUGACUUUUCGGGAUAUGUCAGUGGGAAUAACAUACAAGAAGAAGCAUAUAUUCCAGUGUUCCUUUGUUCAAGGUCGUGUAAUAGGUACCACCUUUCCUGCCCCAUGUGAGAAUCUUGAUCAUUAUGAUGAGCAAGAACGACCCAUUAAGCUUGCCGUCUCCCGGAACUUGACAAAUGUAGACUAUGAUUUUUGACGACACGUUGUGUUCUCAAUCUCUUGCGCGUAGCUUUAUCAGGUCAGUUUGUUAAACAUGUCUAUAUGAGAAGAUGGAUAAAUCACCUUGGAGUGAUUAAUCUCGUUCUUAUGCUUUUUCAGCCAAAGUGUUAUCAAUUUUUUUUCUUUUUCCCUUUUCUCAAUAGAGUUGUAUAUGUACAGAAAGUUCUCUGUUGUUCCAUAAGGAUGCAAAAAUUUAUAGCUCUUCUUCUACA